AUGUACAAGUUGUGCCAGAGCACUGGGAAUGCUGCCGGGUACUGCUACAACUACAAAAUCUACACAGGCCAAAGGAAGGGAGACCUCCCAGCAACUACACAAGUGGUGAUGGACCUGAAGGUCAAUGUUGUCAGCACCGUCAUGGCCAACAAAAAAGGCAUGCCAAAAGACCUGCAGUCCUUCAAGCUGAAGCGGGGCAAAACAGCGUUCCAGUCGGUCGACCUGGACAUCAUCGGUUCUCUCCUGGCCAUGGUGAAGCGAGACAAGCGCAACAUCCAUAUGCUCUCCACCACGGCAGACAUCCGUGGCUCCGGCAAGCUAGAUAGGACGGAGGAGGAAAAGCAGAAACUGACCUGCGUCAUCGAAUACAACACCCUGAUGGGGGGGCGUUGACAAGAGUGACCAACUAGCAGCAAAUCAUCGAGCUACUCGUAAGUCCCUCAAGUGGUACAAGAAGCUCUUCUUCUACCUGCUCGACGCUGGGGAACAGCUACGCCAUGUACCUGGCUGUUGGUCACUGCCUCUCUUUCCUCGACCACCGCUUAAGUCUUGUCCCCGAGCUGCUGUUUGACCAGCCCUUGCCCAAGUACCGCCCCCAGCACGAUACUCCACCAGUCACCAACUCCCGCUUCGUCGGCCGACACUUUCCCGUGGACUUUGAGAGGACCAGCUCUGGCGACUUCCACUACCGGCGGUGUGUCCUCUGUGCUUCCUGUGGUCAGCGAAAGAAGACACACUUUGCGACACAUGCCACCAGCCCCUCUGCAUCACCCCCUGCUUCAAGGAGUACCAUACUGUCCACUAAUUGACACUUUCAACAAAUAAUGUCCAUGAAAAUGUCCAUAAAAGUAUUUAUGGACAUUUUCAUGAACAUUAUUUUUUGUGUUUUCAUGACU